AUGAAGUUCGGCUUUGUGGAAGGUCUUUUCCAGUCGCCGAUGUUUCAGUUGCGUUCUCUUUUGGUGUUGGAUAGGAAGUGCCAGUAUGUGACUGUAAGAAUCAAUGUGCUGCGUCAGAAGGUCAGAAACAGCACUAUGGCACCAGCUUUAGUAUCAGUUUGUAGCCGUCUGUGUUUACUUUCUUGCAAGCUUAAUCAUGCAGUUUUACAGACGGGCUUCACAUCUCAAAGUGUCUUCUUUUUUAACAGUACACGAAACGGGAAUGCAGCAGUUUCUCAAGCACUUGCACUGCGCGGCUUCUCUGGGCUGGCACCCAAUAAACAAUUAAGAAGAAUCUUCGUUCCAUUGGGCAGAACAGGGACAAACGCUCAAUAUAAUGCCUCUCGAACACUUGCUGCAUUGCCUCCACCUCCUCCCUCGGAAGACAAAGGUCCUAGAAAGACUGGGCCUGUUACAUGGAAGUCUCUGGUGAUAACAUUUGCAGUUGGUGGAACACUGCUGGCAGGAAUGAAAUACUUCAAGAAAGAGAAAGAAGAAAUGAUUGAGCAGGAGCGAACAAGGUCUUUUGGUAAGCCAGCCCUAGGUGGUCCUUUCUCCCUCAUUGACCACAACAACCAGCCCAAGAAGAGUGAAGACUUCCUUGGCCAGUGGAUUCUUCUGUACUUUGGUUUCACGCAUUGUCCAGACAUUUGUCCGGAUGAAUUGGAGAAAAUGAUUGAAGCUGUAGAUACAAUAGACAAAAUACCUAGCCUCCCGAAUGUCACGCCUCUCUUCAUUACAAUCGACCCAGACAGGGAUAACCCAGAAGCUAUAGCAACAUAUGUAAAAGAAUUUUCUCCAAAGCUGAUUGGACUAACUGGGUCUGCUGAGCAAGUGAAUCAGGUGGCCAGGUCGUACCGAGUCUAUUUCAGCCAAGGACCCAAAGAUGAAGACAAUGACUACAUUGUUGAUCACACCAUAAUAAUGUACCUGGUUGGACCUGAUGGGGAUUUUAUUGAAUAUUUUGGCCAAAACAAGAAGAGCACAGAGAUUUCAGCUUCAAUAGCAUCUCAUAUGAGAAAAUAUAAGCAGAAGAAAUAGAUUGUUGCACCAGCAAAAGGGACUCGCCAGCCUUAAUUAAAACAGAGCAGUAGAACUCCCUUUAUCUGAAACCAGCUUUCAGAAAUGCGCUAUUAUAUGGCAUGCCCACUGGUCACUGAACUAAUACAGUGGAGAAACAAGGAUUGGCUAAUUAUUAACUAUACCUUAUAAUGGGAUAGAUUCGGAAAAACUAUUUUAAAACACAUUUGGUAAAAAAUGUCCCAGUGACAAUUUGAAGUAGAUGCUUUAAGAAUCUAUUCCACCUUAUUUGAUGAUUUGCACUGGUUAUAAAAAAUAACAACAAAAAAAAAGUCUGUGUAAACGUCCCGUAAUCAGAACACCAAACAGCAAUAAAACCAUCCAAAAACAGA